AUGAAUAACAAGAAGUCUCUUUCUGUUAUUACUGAUGGGGAUAAAGCAAUGUGUAAAGCCAUCAAGAGGAUAUUUCCAGACUCUUGUCAUCGAUUAUGUGCUUGGCAUAUUCAACGCAAUGCAUUCACUAAUGUCCAUGUCAAAGAUUUUACUAAUCAUUUUUCUAAGUGCAUGUUCAUGGAAGGCACCGUUGAAGAAUUUGAAUGUGCAUGGAAUGACAUGUUGGAAAUGUUUAAUCUUCAUGGACAUAAGUGGGUGACAGAUAUAUAUGCUAACCGUUCUAGAUGGGCAGAGGCUUAUUUAAGGGGGCAUUUCUUUGCUGGUAUGAAAAACACACAAAGGUGUGAGAGCAUGAAUGCAUACUUGAAUCGUUUCCUUAAAACUCGUUUGAAGCUGUUUGAGUUUGUCAAGCAUUUUGAUAGAGCACUCUCAUGUAUUCGUCAUGAGGAGGCAAAGGCAGAGUUUGAGACACACCAUUCUUCAGCUGUUCUAACAACCAAACUCUAUGCACUUGAGAAAUAUGCAGGGACUGUUUUCACAAGGCAAUCUUUUCUAAAAUUUAGGGAUGAGAUGAAGAAUGCAGAAUUGUUUUUCCCUGUCAGUACAGAAAAUCAUGGAGGUUAUCGUGUCCAUACAUUGACCAAGUUUAGAAGCCCUGACAAGAUUUGGAAAGUAUGUUAUGGUAAUAGUGAUCGGUCUAUGAAAUGUACUUGUAUGAUGUUUGAGUCAGUUGGUUUUCCAUGUCCCCACAUGAUUGUUGUAAUGAAGAUAGAACACCUUGAAGAAAUACCUGAGACUUGUAUUAUGAAAAGGUGGUCUAAGUUAGCAAAGGAAACGGUCCAAGUUCAUCAUGACAAUGAAAGUCAAGGUGAUGCGACUAACAUCAUACGAUAUGGUGCACUCAGCUCUAUGUGCUCACGGAUGUCUUAUUUCGCAUCUCAAUCGGAAAAGCUUUUAAAGAGGCUAGAUGUGAAAUACAAAGACUCACUUGUCAAAUGGAAGAACUUUGUAAAAAUUCAGUGGAAGAAAGUGAACGAGAAGAUUUGA